UUGAAACCCCGGGUAAAUUUAUGAUAAUUCCCGGGUAAAUAGAUCUUCUCUCAGACAAUCUUAUCAAUCCCCCUAGCAGAUAUUUAAGCAUGUGUAAGUUGUUUUUGCUACAAAAUUGAUAAGAAAAGAACAAACGCCCGGAGUUAUAUAAAUAGUGACGCAAUUUGCAAUUUGCCCACUUGACAGUGAAAGUGAAUUCCCUCUGGAUUAAUGAUGCUUUUGAGACAUAUCCUGCGAUCAACAUUACAGAAGCCUGUCACCAGGAUGGGCUUCCAAACCCUGAGGAGCAUGUCUCACUAUCCGAUUGAUGAAAAUCUCUACGGUUUGUCCAGUGAGCAGCAACAACUCAGGCAGACUGUCUUUAAUUUCCUACAGAAGGAACUGGCUCCCUAUGCCCAAGAGAUAGACAAAGAGAACAAUUUCAAAAACCUCCGGGAGUUCUGGAAGAAGAGUGGAGAGCUUGGAUUGCUAGGAAUUUCAUGCCCAACAGAAUAUGGAGGUUCUGGCGGUUCUUACUUGGACCAGUGCGUUGUUUACGAAGAGAUCUCGAGAGCUUCUGGAGCCAUUGGGCUUUCCUACGGAGCCCACGUGAGUCUGUGUCUGAAUCAGCUAAAGAGGCUAGGGACUGAGGAGCAAAAAGAAAAGUAUCUUCCAAAGCUCUGCAGUGGAGAGCAUUUUGGGGCCUUGGCCAUGAGUGAGCCCAAUUCUGGAAGCGAUGUGGUUUCUAUGAAGACUAGGGCUGAGAAGAAGGGAGACUACUACAUCCUGAACGGAAGCAAAUUCUGGAUCACUAACGGUCCAGAUGCAGAUACGUUAAUUGUUUAUGCCAAAACGAACUUCUCAGGCCCUGCUAAACAUGGUAUUACUGCCUUUAUUGUUGAGAAGGGCUAUCCGGGCUUCCGGACUGGCCAGAAGUUGGAUAAGUUGGGAAUUCGAGGAAGUAACACUGGAGAAUUGAUUUUUGAGGAUUGCAAAGUUCCUGCAAAGAAUAUCCUUGGGCAGGAGGGCAAGGGUGUGUAUGUGCUGAUGUCCGGUCUGGACUAUGAGCGUCUUCUGCUGGCAUCCGGACCAGUUGGACUUAUGCAGGCUGCUUGCGAUGUUGCUUUCGAUUAUGCUCAUCAGAGGAAAGCCUUUGGUCAGAGAAUUGGCGAAUUCCAGCUGAUCCAGGCCAAAAUGGCUGAUAUGUACACAAUCCUCGUGGCAUCCAGAUGUUACCUCUACAGCGUUGCCCGGGCUGUGGAUGCCGGAACCGCCAAUGCCAAGGACUGUGCAGGAGUUAUUCUCUACACGGCUGAGAAUGCAACAAAGCUCGGACUCGAUUGUAUCCAGAUUCUGGGAGGCAAUGGAUACAUCAAUGAAUAUCCAGCGGGAAGGAUCAUGAGAGAUGCCAAAUUGUACGAAAUUGGAGCAGGAACUUCGGAAGUUCGUCGCCUGGUAAUUGGAAGGGCUCUAAACAGCGAGUACAAGUAAAAAAGCUUCUUUUGAAGAAGCUUUAAAAGUCUUUCAAUCUGCAUUUAUUGGCUGCAUUUACAAAGAUUUAUUUUUUGAGCCAAAUGGGAUUAAUUGUGAUUAAAAUUUAUACAAAAAAAAAAUUGUUGAAAUAAAAAUGCAAAUUUUGUUGACAAAA